CAAUGGCCCCGCAGCGCCAGCGCCAUGAGUGCCGUGAGUCCUGGCCUCCCAUGGCUGCCAUGCGUGGUCUUUUUGCUACAUGCGUGUCACGCAAAUCCUGGAGUCAAGUUGCCCCCAGGCUUCAUGGACUCUUUGCCGAUGCCACAUCAGGGCCCACAUCCUUCGUACUACAUUAGUACAACCUACCCCCUUUCUUGUGAAGGAUUCACCAUGCGGGGCGGCCUGGAGAGUGAAAAGUUGCCCUGGUCACAAGCACGGCAGAGCUUCCGGGACUUCGUGGCGCAGAAGGGAAACUGGGACGAGGUGUCCAAAUAUGCAUGGGACCUCUCAUCCUGCUGGUGUAGCUGCGGUUCCUGUGAGACAUCUUUGAGAGUUUGCCCAGUGGGCACCAUGACUGCACUGAACAUGAUGCUGGUGUCGAAAUCUAUGUCUUCUGCAUCGCGCAUGGCUUCCUUCAUCAACCAGAAGAGCACCUGUUCUCAUCUCGACCCCUACGCUUUGAUCCUGAGGCUUCCACCCUGGUCGGAGCUGAUUUUGACGGGAUGGCCUACCUUUGGCGUGAUGCAUUUGGUGGCCGUGACCUUGAGGGCUGAUGGGCUGAUGGAGCGACAUUUGGAUGACAUCUUUGCUGCGCAGUUGGCGCUCCACUCCCAGGGCCCCACUUGGCGCCGCGACCGAGCCAGCAAUUUCUGCGAGCUCUUGGGAUAUCGGCCAGACAGCUGUCCCCUGCGAUUGGCUUCGGAACUGGUGUGGCAGGCUGUUGCUGUGGCGGACAUGGCAGAUGCGUCCGUGUCGUCGGUCACCGAUGCUGCACAAGCCUUGGUGCGCAGGGCACAGGAAAUGGUGCUUGGUUUGCUUCCACGCGUGCCUGGUAUAAGCGAGUGCAUGCAGGCGCAAAAUCUGUUCUUGGGCAUCAGUAUGUCCUCAAACGGCUUGAAGCUCCUUGAUGGAUUGCACCAGCUCCAAAGGAAGCUCGAGAACUGGCUUCUGGUUCCUCAAAAAAAACCAGGUGCGGUCGUGAACGCCAGCCAGAUUUGCCCGGUUGGUGAUGCACGUUGGCAGGGGGAGUGGCUCAUGGAGACGGAUUUCCUGAAAGAUUUUCAGGCAGAGUUAGACUCUUUUCCAGCGCCGAAGUCGACGACACCGGUCGUGUCACAUGAAAAGAGAGAGGCAUGGGUGUGUACUCUCUUUGCUGGACCGGAGCUGCCCUGGGCCCAGAUCGCUCUACAUGCUGAGGUAGUAAGGACCUUGGCCUUCUCUAUCCGACGUAAGUCCAAGCAACAAAGGCCCUUCGUGGUUUUGACCCAGGCCACAAUCCCUGAGGAUAUUCGCAGGGAACUGCUGGCCGAUGGGCUGCGAUUGGAAUAUUUUCACGCGCCUUCGUUGGUGAUGAAGGUCCCUCGAGACUACGAAUGGAAGCUGAGUUGGUUUCGAGGCCGAAAUUUGGUUCCUACGAUGGGCCAGCUGGCAGUAUGGAACCUGUCAUCUUAUGACACCUUGGUGAUGCUUGAUGAUGAUAUGCUGAUGGUCGACUCUGCCGAUGAACUAUUCAGUGUCCCAGUCUUCGCUAUGUCGCAUGAUCCCUUGCCGCUAUGGUCUCCGGAUGAUGCUACAAAGAUGGCAUCCAAGCAGACUCGUUUGAACAAUGCAGCACGUGUGGUGCAUCCCAACAAGCGCUUCUUUCAGCACCUGGUGCGGCGGAUCCAGUCGGGUGACUUCAAAGAUGAUCCAUUGAUCAAUUUCUGGGGCUACGAUUUGCAAAGUCUGGAGGAUGCCUUUUGGAACCAAUAUGGUCCUAGAAAAGGCGUCACCAACUUUGUCGCGGGGAAGUUUUCAGGAUGUGCAAAGUCACCUCCUGGCAUUGCAACAUUGCCCCAGCAAGUCGCCUUUCGGACUGGCCAGUGGCGGCCGGACGCCGCCUUGGUCGAGGCGAAUGUGACGGAUCCGACCCAUUGUGUGCUGCCGGCGGAUUACAAUUUUUUUGUUGAUUUCAAGAGUGUCUUCAGCAUGGUCUACUAUGGAGUUGUGCCUGAAGAUCUCAAGACGUUGAACAUCCGUUCUCUCAUGAAGAGACUGGUUGUUUUCCUUUACAGGAGCGGCUCCUUGACGGGGUCGCCAAAGAUCCUACACUGGCCAGGGUCAAUGCGUAAACCUUGGGAACGCCUCCACGAACGGCUCCGGAGUGGUUGGGAUCAGCUCUGGUGGGAGGCGCAUGAAGCGAUGUGCAAAGAGAGUCCCGCCGCGUGCCGGAUCUCUUGCGACUAAAAAAAAC